AUGUUAGAAGAAAAUGACAAGCUUAAUAACCCUGAUGAAUAUGAUCGCAUUGUUAGAGCUGAAAUACCAUAUGAGGACGAGGAGCCUCAACUUUAUGAUGCAGUGUGUACACAUAUGAUUCAUGGUCCAUGUGGAACUCUUAACCCAAGGCAGUCAUGUAUGAAAAAUGGAAGUUGCAAUAAAGGCUACCCAAAACCAUUUGCAAAUUUCACUGUGCAAGGGAAUGAUGCAUAUCCUGUAUAUCGGAGACGAGCAAGUCGUUUACCAGUACCUUUGCGUAGACGAGGAGAUGUGAUGGUGGAUAACAGUUGGGUGGUUCCCUACAACCCAUGGUUGCUAUUACGGUAUAAUUGUCACAUCAAUGUUGAAAUAUGUGGGAGCAUAAAAAGUGUCAAGUACUUAUAUAAGUAUAUCUACAAAGGUCCUGAUAGAGUGGCACUUGAGCUGCAAUCAAACCCAGAGUUUGAUGAAAUUAGACAAUUUGUUGAUGCAAGGUGGGUCUGUGCACCGGAGGCUUUAUGGAGGAUCUUCAAAUUUGCAAUGAACAGAAUAUAUCCAACAGUAGAGCGAUUACAAAUACAUCUUCCCAACAUGCAACAGAUAACAUUCAAUGUUGAUGAAACAGUAGAGAAUAUUCUGGCAGAUGAGCACGCACAAAUGUCAAUGCUUACUGAGUUUUUCACCAUAAAUCGAAUGGAUGAGGAUGCAAGAGCAUAUUUGUAUCGAGAAAUUCCUGAACAUUACAGGUGGGAUAAUAGCAACAAAAUUUGGGUGAAAAGAAGAAGAAACUACAAGGUUAUUGGGCGAAUAUACAGCGUCUCACCUUCUGAAGGUGAGAAAUUUUACCUGCGUGUCCUUAAUCAUGUAAGAGGUCCAAGAUCAUUUCGUGAUUUGCUUACUGUUAAUGGUGUUCUACAACCAACUUUCAAGCAAGCAGCAGAGAAACAAGGUUUGCUAGAAAAUGACAAUAGUAUCCGACAGUGUUUGUUGGAGGCCUCUGCAAUUAGGAUGCCAUCAACUUUGAGGAGAUUAUUCGUCACAAUUUUGGUGUACAAUGAGCCAAUCGGUGUCCGAACAUUGUGGGAUGAAUUUUUUCCUUUUAUGGUGGAAGAUUAUCCUUCAUCUGGUGAUAUUGCAAACCGAAACAGGCUCUUACAAGAUUUAAAUGGAGUACUUGAACAAUUUAACAGGAACAUUAGAGAUUUUGACCUGCCUGAAAUGACAACGGAGCCAGAAGAAAAUUCAAGAAUGCCAAGGUGUAUUGAAGACGAACUUUCCGUACAUAUCUCUCAAGAAGACAUUGAUGCAAUUGACCGCCUUAAUGACGACCAAAGGAUCGCCUUUAACACGAUCAUGGAUGCAGUUCAGAGAAAAAGAAGUGCAUUAUUUUUUGUUGAUGGUCCUGGUGGAACUGGGAAGACAUAUUUAUACCGUGCAUUGCUAGCAAACAUACGAAGAAUGAAUCAUAUAGUCUUAGCCACAGGAUCAUCCGGAAUAGCUGCAAAUAUACUGCCCGGCGGGAGGACAGCUCACUCUAGAUUUAAGAUUCCACUCAAUGUAGAUGCGUCAUCUAUGUGUUCCAUAAGUAAACAGUCUGCUCUGGCACAACUGGUACAAGAUUCGACAUGUCUUUGA